AUGAUCCUCACCUCUAAAACUGCGGUGCUCUUCAGCACCGUCACUUUGUUCGCUCAAGUCGCUUUCGGUCUUCCCACCACCUCCGGACCGGAGCGCCACAACAGGGCCCGGGCAGUCAGACAGCUCUCUUACACAAACAAGACCAGCACAUUCCGCAACGCUCCGGAUAGCGAAUCUGACCUCCAAAGCCGACUGGACAGCAUCUGGGACAGCACGGCUGGCUCAAGCACCACCGGCACUUUCUGGGACAAGGUCGUCCUCCAGGCACACCAGAACAUCUUGCCUGGCCAAGGCAUCGACAUCAACUACAUCGAUGACCCCAAUAGCAUAACCGAUGUUCUGGUCGGCCCAACCGAUCCCCGCGACAGCUUCAGCAACCUGAACAACCCCGACGUGCCCGGGGUUCACUACCCCCGUUUCUCGGAUGUGGAUCCCCUUUACACCAUCUCCGAGGCGGGCCUUCGCGCCGCCAUCUACCUACCACCAGGCUUCACCGCGUCCAGCAACCGCCAAGUAGUCCUCUUCUCAUUACCGAAUCCGGCGCCGCCGACUACCGUCUGGCUCAACGUGCCCGGCGCUAUGCUGAACGACGUGCAAUCCAACGCCGAGUACAUCGCCUACGCCAUCAGCUACGUCAAGGCUUUGAUCGGCGACGGCCGCGAGCUGAACGUCAUCGGCUGGUCACAGGGAAACCUGGCCACGCAGUGGGUGUUCACGUACUGGCCGAGCACAAGCCCCAAAGUGCGCCAGCUGAUUUCCGUCAGCCCGGAUUUCCACGGUACCGCUUUGGCCAACGGGCUCUGCUUGAACGCAGGAAACCUCACAAAUGGUAUUGAGGAGGGAUUACCCUGCGCGCCGUCGGUGCUGCAGCAGGAGUAUAACUCCAACUUGAUCAGCACGCUGCGGGCGGCCGGUGGUGGCGACGCGUAUGUCCCUACUACCUCGUUCUGGUCGAGUCUCUUUGACGAAAUUGUGCAGCCGCAGAUUGGUCUGACGGCGUCAGCGAGGAUUGGCAACGCGCGUAGGAAGGGCGUGACGAAUGUCGAGGUGCAGACAGUCUGUGGACUGUCGCCGGGCGGUGGGUUUUACGGCCAUGCGAGCCUGUUGUCGCAUCCGCUUGUUGCGGCGCUGACGCUCGACGCGUUGAAGAAUGGAGGGCCAGCGAGCUUGGGGAGGAUUGCGUCUGAUAUUCGUGAUAUUUGUAAGAAUGUCCUCGCGCCGGGGUUGGACGGAGCGGACGGAGCGCAGACAGCGGGGGCCAUUGUUCUUGCAGGAGUGAGGUUGAUUGCCUAUCCCUCCAAGUUGAAGGAGGAGCCCGCCUUGAGAGCGUAUGCAGCUUGA